GUUUUUUUAAAACAAAGCUCUUUUGAGUAAACAGAUGUUUUGGAAUUAUUAUUUUCUGUAUGUUGCACCAACUCUAUUAUAAUUCCCUAUAUUUUUAAAAAUUAUGAUAUCAAGCUUUAAUAAAAAUUCAGAAGAUUGUACAUUAGAUAAAGCUCUAAAUGAAAAAAUUAACAAACUUUGCUCUGAGACAAAACCUCAAAUAUCAGCUUUGAUAUUAAAGAUUGAUAAAAAUAAAAAGUUAAUUAUACUUGACCAAGAAUUGAUAAAUUGUUCGAUUGAUGAUAUUAAAGAUACAUUGUCAGAAACAUUACCUAGAUAUAUAAUCAUGUCUUAUAUACUAGAUUAUCCUGAUGGUAGAAAAGGCUUUCCUGUAUUUUUAUUAUUUGUAUCACCUUCAGGAAUCAAGAUGGAACUUAGUGUACAAUAUUCAUAUAACUUGAAAACUGUCUCAGCCUUGGGAAAAUUUACUAGAGUUAUUACAUUGUGUAAUAUUGAUGACUUUUCCAAAGAAUGGUUAGACAAAGAACUUUUCCGCUCAAAAACAUAACAUUUUAUAUUAAUAUAGAAAAUAAAAUUAUUUUUUACAACUUUUAUAUAAUUUAAUUGUGCAUGAAAAAAAAUGAAAAAUUUGAUGUG